AUGUGGAGAUUCAAACCAUUUGCGCAUAAAGAACAAACUGGUCUUGAAGGCCGCGUCAUUGACAUUGGCAAUUUUAAAGUUCAGGUUCGAAAUCCCAUUGCAGAGGGUGGAUUCUCAUGCGUUUACUUAGCUCGAGAUGCUUUACAUGGUUCCAAGCAAUAUGCAUUAAAGCACAUCAUAUGUAGUGAUGAAGAGUCGCAAGAAUUAGUGAUUAAGGAGAUUUCAGUAAUGAAAUCUCUCAAAGGGCAUCCUAAUAUUGUCACACUGCAUGCCCAUGCUAUCUUUGAUAUGGGUCGCACUACAGAGGCUCUCCUACUCAUGGAAUACUGUGAGAAGUCCCUUGUAAAUGUUCUAGAUAGCAGAGGAGGAGCUGGAUUCUUUGAGGAGAAGCAGGUCCUAGCAAUUUUCAGAGAUAUAUGCAAUGCUGUCUUUGCAAUGCACUGCCAGAAACCGCCUAUUGCUCAUAGAGAUUUGAAGGCUGAGAAUCUUUUGCUGGGGUCUGAUGGCUUGUGGAAGUUGUGUGAUUUUGGCAGCACUUCUACUAAGCAUAAACGCUUUGAUAAACCUGAAGAAAUGGGAAUUGAGGAAGACAACAUAAGGAAACACACGACACCUGCAUAUAGAGCUCCUGAGAUGUGGGAUCUGUUCCGAAGAGAUCUUAUAAACGAGAAGGUAGAUAUAUGGGCGAUUGGGUGUCUCUUAUUCCGUAUAUGUUAUUUGAAGUCUGCAUUCGAUGGUGAGUCAAAGCUCCAAAUACUAAACGGGAACUAUCGAAUUCCAGAUUUACCCAAAUACAAUAAAUUGCUGACGGAUCUCAUCCAGGAUAUGCUUCAUUCGUCCCCUGAUGACAGACCAGAUAUCACGCAGGUGUGGUUUCGCCUUAAUGCUCUUUUGCCUGCUGGGAUGCAGAAACCGCUACCUGAUAGCCCUCCCGAAAUGCCACAGCAUGGUACUGAUAUGCUUGCAGGCACGCCAAAGCCUUCUAACAAGCCUAGUCCAAUGCCUCGUAGGAAUCCCCCUCCUCCACCCUCAUCCGAAGCACCCCGAAACGUGUCAUCAGUUUCGAGUAAUUUAAGAGGAACUGAUAACCCUGGUCCUCUUGGUGCUUUUUGGACCACUCAGCAUGCACAAAUUUCAGAAACCAGGGAGGAAAAAACACUGCCAAAAUAUGAUGGAGACUUGACCAAUCAGAAAUCAUCUGCAAACGAGAUGACCUGUCCCAAUCGGCACACAGGUUCUCAGAUGACUAUCCGAAAGGAGCAGAAUUUUCAGUCUCAUUCUCAGAAGAAUGCGCAAGGCAGACCGGCCAGCAGACUGGGUGGUGGCCCAACAAACAACUCAAAUCUCUUUCCCGACAAUGCUAAUAAUACCGAAAGAUCAAAACAACCCAAACAAGAGGCCACCCCAGCCGUUCAACAAAAUGAUGUGUAUAAUGCUUUUAUUUCUGUAUUCAGUUCAACUACUGAACAGAAUCCCGUAGACAACUGUCCGAAACUGGACAAGGAAGAAACAUUACAGGCCGAGGUGGAAAAGCUGAAGGACCAGCUCGUGCUUGUGAAUGUGGAGAAGGCAGAAGUAACUUCCAAAUAUGAAAAGCUUUCAGCAAUUUGUAGGUCACAAAGGCAAGAGAUACAAGACCUUAAGCUAGCUCUCGCUGCUAGAACUCCAUCACCAAGCAGGGAAUCUUAUUCUAGAAACCUGCCUUCUCCUGGAAGAAACCCGUCUUCUGGUGAAUCGAAUGUGAAGAUUGAAGGAACUGUUUGGGAACUCCAACAGGGCUUGUUUGGCCGUGGAGAGUCUCCAAGCCCCGAUUCUAAACAGUGGCAGACAUUUGCUGAUAAUCCCAAGCCACAAACUGUACCAGCAGAUACUCCUCCAAGGUCAGUCAGAACCAAAAACAGUCAGCAGCAGAAAAAUCAAGUUGCUGAAGGUGUCUCUUCUCUGGGAUUUGGGGCAGACACUUUUAAGGUAGCACUAGCCGCUAGUUCUAAGAUAAACACUGGUGGGUUCAAUAAUUCUCAGGGUUUUGGUGGUGAAUCAAAGAGCACCAAGAGUAAGUUUGAGGCCCAGCCUGCAGGAUGGGCUGGGUUCUAA